CGUCAGCGCAAGAUGGCGGCCUCGGCGGCGCUGCUCUCGCGCUUGCGGAGCGGACUCCGGCUCGGCGCGCAGGGGCUGUGCACGAGGUUGGCUACGCCGCCCACCCGGACCCCAAGCCAGGCUGCAGAGAUCGGGAGCCAUGGGGGCACUAAGGCCCAAGGGCCACAGCAGCAGACAGCCUCAGAGGGUCCCAGCUACGCCAAAAAAGUCGCACUCUGGCUCGCUGGGCUGCUUGGGGCCGGUGGGACCGUGAGCGUCAUCUAUAUCUUCGGAAACAACCCUGUGGAUGAAACCGGUGCCAAGAUUCCCGAUGAGUUCGACAAUGAUCCAAUUCUGGUACAGCAGUUACGCCGGACAUACAAAUAUUUCAAAGAUUAUAGACAGAUGAUCAUCGAGCCCACCAGCCCCUGCCUCCUCCCAGACCCUCUGCAGGAGCCGUACUACCAGCCGCCCUACACGCUUGUCUUAGAGCUCACUGGUGUCCUCUUGCACCCUGAGUGGUCGUUGGCCACUGGCUGGAGGUUUAAGAAGCGCCCAGGCAUCGAGACCUUGUUCCAGCAGCUCGCCCCUUUGUAUGAAAUUGUCAUCUUUACGUCAGAGACUGGCAUGACUGCAUUUCCGCUUAUCGACAGUGUGGACCCCCAUGGCUUCAUUUCCUACCGUCUGUUCCGGGAUGCCACGAGAUACAUGGAUGGGCAUCAUGUGAAGGACAUUUCAUGUCUGAAUCGGAACCCAGCCCGUGUAGUAGUCGUGGACUGCAAGAAGGAAGCUUUCAGUCUACAGCCCUAUAAUGGUGUUGCCCUGAGGCCUUGGGACGGCAACUCCGAUGACCGGGUCUUGUUGGACUUGUCUGCCUUCCUCAAGACCAUUGCACUGAACGGUGUGGAGGAUGUCCGAACUGUGCUGGAGCACUAUGCACUGGAGGAUGACCCGCUGGAGGCUUUCAAACAGCGGCAAAGCCGGCUAGAGCAGGAGGAACAGCAGCGCCUGGCCGAGCUCUCCAAGUCCAACAAGCAGAACCUCUUCCUUGGCUCUCUCACCAGCCGCUUGUGGCCUCGCUCCAAACAGCCCUGACCUCUGGGCCUCCUCAAACUCAGUGCCUGGGUCCAGGGCCCCAGGUCCCAGUGCUCCCAGACCAAGGCUCGAGCAGCCACAUGACCAAUAAAGUGCAUCCCAGAUGCCACAACUCCUGUGUCCAGAGAGUCUCCAGAUGGGGGCAUGGGGUGAGGUCCGGGACUCUCACAGUGGCUGAUUGGCUGCAAAGCACAGAGUGGGUGCUUUGUUGGAUCAGGGUUGUUUUUUAACGCUGGCCUGGGAAUCUGAAAACCUGGAUCUCUGCUCUGGUCAUGUCUUCCCAUGUGCUGUGUGAUCUACAAAAAGUGCGUCUUCCUCUCUGGCCUCGGAUUCCCCAUGUGUGGAAAAGAGAAAAGAGGAUGGCACUGGGGGUUUUAAAGACAGGUAACUGCCAGGCUGCUGUGGAAAUAUGUGAAAUGUGGGCCCAGUGGAGCUCUGCUGGACCAGAGAUCACCCCAUGUCAAGAGGGCAGCUGGCGCUCAGUUCCAGUCAGCCAUGGCUCCGUGGGAAGGUGGGCCUAGAGUUGCUUGAUCUUCCAAUUUUUCAAUAGAAGCCAGAAAUUGGGAUUUUUAUAUUAAAUCUUCCUAUUUUU